AUAUCAUCAUAAGAUCUAGCUCAUGCCUCUCUCUGAAAUUUAGAUUUAGGGUUUUACUUUCCGCCAUUAUUAAGCUUUUGUUCCUUUCAUUCUUCUUCUUUUUUUUUUUUAGAUUUGCAAAUUAUAUCCCUCUCUAACUUUGUCGGCUGAUUUUUGUCUGGAAAAAAUUAUGUUCUAUGGAGCUUUAAUUUUGAAGUGAAUCUAGACAAAUCUGGUUUUGGAUCUCCUCAGUUUCCAACAUUUUUCAAGUUUAUCACCUUUGACUUCUGGCUUUGAAUCUCCUUCUCGUUUUUCAAGAAAUCAUUUAUUGGUUUGGUCUGAAUGAAAUUUCCUUUCGGAUUUAGUUAGGGUUUCAAAUCUGAUGAAUCUUGGAAUGAAAAUCGUAGGAACAAUGGUGAGAGGGAAGAUUGAGAUCAAGAAGAUUGAGAACGUGACGAGCAGACAAGUCACGUUUUCGAAGCGAAGGAGCGGUCUCUUUAAGAAGGCUCAUGAGCUUUCGGUUCUAUGCGAUGCUCAAGUCGCCGCCAUUGUCUUCUCUCAGAGUGGAAGAUUACACGAAUACUCUAGCUCCGAGAUGGAGAAGAUUAUAGAAAGAUAUGACAAGUUUACUAAUGCCUUGUAUGUGGCAGAGAGGCCCCAAAUAGAACGAUACUUGCAGGAGCUGAAGAUGGAAAUGAAUAGAAUGGUGAAGAAGAUUGAUCUUCUUGAAGUUCAUCACCGUAAGCUGUUGGGGCAAGGUUUGGAUUCGUGUUCAGUGACAGAACUUCAAGAGAUAGACACUCAAAUUGAGAAAAGCCUUCGUAUUGUCAGGUCCAGAAAGGCUGAGUUAUAUGCAGAUCAACUGAAAAAGCUAAAAGAAAAGGAGAGGGAGCUCUUGAACGAGAGAAAAAGGCUGCGUGAAGAGCAAAUUAGAGAAAUGUUGAUGCGACCGGUGGUACAACCAACUUUACAAAUCUGUGAUAAGGGUAAAACUGAAGGUGGUUGCAGUACCAAACAUUCAUCAGAGGUUGAAACCGACCUAUUUAUUGGAUUGCCCGUGACUCGGCUAUAACAUAUUUACUUCGGUUCCAUGUUUGUACAAUAUAAUGCUUCCAUAUAGUUUAUUGUUUUCUGAGUGCUCUGGCGAUCUCUUAAUAUAUGUGUAUAAACUGGAAAUAAUUUGACAAGUACAAGCUGUCAUUUUAGUUUA